AUUAUAGGCUACAGCAGUAAUCCGCAUGAUCACAGCAAUAAUAGCCCGCCCCCGCAAACGCAACAACAAACGCAGAAUGCUAACAACAAUGGAUCGCUGAUUUCGCAUGCGCAGCAGCAGCAGCAGCAACAACAGUCACAACAAAGCAAUCCCGCCGCGAACAGCAAUACGUCCGCCGUCAACGCCAACCAGUCGGCCGGUCAGACGCCCAAUCACAACAACAACAACAGUGCCAAUAUGAAUUACAUGCAUGUGGCGUUACGAAACUCUGCUGCCGCGGCCGCACUCUACAGCCAACAUCAGAUGAAAGAGGAACCUGGCACACAGAACACCUCCUCAUAUUCGAGUCUCGGCAGUGGCAGUAGUAAUGGUCAAACUGAUCCGGCUGAUCUCUCAGUUUCGUCCGUUUACGGUUUGCCACCUCACCUCGCUGGUGCUGCCGCUGCGGCAGCUGUUGCUGCAGCCACCGGUGUACACUACGAUGAUAAUGAUUAUCAAAGCACAAUCUCAUCGCAAGAGCAUCAGAGUUAUCAGGACAACGGCGCCGAUUUCUAUGGGCUAGCUGUGGCGAAUAAUGAACAAAAAUACAAUGCCUACGGACGCUCACCAUUCCCCGAUACCUAUGGAUCGGAGUAUGGUUCUUACGAUCCAACGCGAUUCUCGUCAAUGAGUGGCCAGUCGCCGGCAGAUCAAUGGGGCGUACAUCAUGCUGGGCAACAUUCAGCCGCGUAUAUGAAUACGAUGAGCUUGGAGAAGGCGCUUAUGGGCGCAUAUCCCAUGCAAGGUGGCGUGCCGUGCUUCACCGGCUCAGGGCCAAUACAGUUGUGGCAAUUUCUAUUGGAGCUACUGAUGGAUAAGACGUGUCAGGCGUUUAUUUCAUGGACUGGCGAUGGCUGGGAGUUCAAGUUGACCGAUCCCGAUGAGGUUGCUCGUCGCUGGGGUAUACGCAAGAACAAGCCAAAAAUGAACUAUGAAAAGCUCAGUCGUGGUCUCCGUUAUUAUUACGACAAGAAUAUCAUCCACAAGACGGCAGGCAAGCGCUAUGUCUACAAAUUCGUUUGCGAUCUACAAAACCUGAUUGGCUACACGCCAGAAGAAUUGUGUGCAAAAUAUGACCUCAAAACGGACAAGAAAGAUGAUGAUUAGAUUGCUGUUUGAGGGCUGAACGCCUAGGCGGUAGACUAAAGUUAGCUAUGACUACAGCAACGAGCCCCCAAGCCAAACACCCUCACACACGCAAACACAUACACUUACACAUGGAAAACUUAAAGCUGUGCUAUAAUUGCGAGUACAAACUUGACAAUGCCAAAUGCUAUGAGAUCAUCGAGCUAACCUCAUUUGUGGCUCCAAGUCCGCACAUGUGGGCGGCAUCAAGUGCUGUGUGUGGGGGUUGCGGUGCAUGCAUGUGAAUGUGGAUUCUUCCAAAUGUGCUUGAUUUUCGAAAGUACACACACAUUGUUUACACAUACAUACAUAUAUAGACGCAUAUAACAUAUAUACAUUUACAGUUGUAAUUAUAUUUUAGUAUGCAUACAUGCAUAUACUACAUAUAAAUCGUUAUUUCAACUACGUAUUUGCUAUUUUCUGUGCUUACUCAUGUUUAAGUAUUAAGUCUUUUAAUUAUGAAUUCAAUUAAUUUGUUUGAGGAGAUUACAUGCUUACUUAUAUAUAUACAUAUAACUGUACAUAGUGUGCUAAAGAACACAAGGCGUGCGCACGAAAAAUAAGAGAAAUCCCAAUAAUCGUGAUCUUAAUUUUAAGUUUGCACAACAGUUUUACAUUAUUACAUAACGUACUCAUAAUUUAUAUUAAAUAUUUCAAAUAUUUAGUGAGAAACGAAAAUUAAAUUUUUAUGUUACUUUUUUAAAUUAAAUAGCUGUUAGUAAUUAAAAAAAAAUUAAAAACCAUAAAAACGUUGUAUAAAUUUCUAAAUAUGAAAGUUAGUGUGCUUGAAUAUAAAAAAAUCAAAAAUAUCUGAGUUUUUAGUGCCUAGUAUGUUUAUAAAGCGCAAUUUUUCAUAUAAGUUAAUUUUAAUUUAAUAGUAUAUACUUUCAGAAAGUCGCUAAAUUCAAAACGAAAUUUAGUUUAAAAAGUUGAAAAAAAAUAUUUUUGGUCAUAGAAAAAAAUAAAACAUGUUGCACAAAAAAUGUAAUAAAUUUAAACAAGAUUAAUUAAAAAAUUAAUAAUAAAUAAUAAAUAAUUAAAUUUUAAAAUUUAAAAACACAGACUUAAAAAAAUAAAUCCAAAUAAAAAUAAUAAUUAAUAAAUUAAAUUAAA